AUGUUUGAAAUAUGCAAGAAGGAGCGAGCGAGGCCGCGCUCAGAGACGGCCUUGCGGGCUGACGGCGCCAAAGCGCCGUGUAAGGAACAGGCUGUACCACAGCGCGGUGCCCCAGUUCAUCAGAGUGGCUCUGGAUGGUCUCCUGUGUAUGUUGAAGAAAACUUGGGGGUCAUGUCAGUAGGAUUCCUGCUCAGUAGCCCUGAUGAUGCUGUCAUCUGGAGAGGACCAAAAAAAAAUGGAUUGAUCAAACAAUUUCUCCGUGACGUGGACUGGGGGGAAGUCGACUACCUCAUCAUAGACACUCCGCCAGGCACGUCGGACGAGCACUUAUCCAUCGUGCAGUACCUCAGCGCCGCACGCGUAGAUGGUGCUGUCAUCAUCACCACGCCUCAGGAAGUAUCACUUCAGGAUGUUCGGAAGGAGAUUAACUUCUGUCGUAAAGUAAAAUUGCCUAUCAUAGGUGUUGUUGAAAAUAUGAGUGGCUUUAUAUGUCCAAAGUGUAAGAAUGAAUCUCAGAUCUUUCCCCCAACUACUGGAGGUGCAGAAAAGAUGUGCCAGAACUUAAAUAUUUCCCUCCUGGGUAAAGUGCCUCUAGAUCCUCAAAUAGGAAAAAGCUGUGAUCAAGGCCAGUCUUUCCUGGCUGAAGUACCUGAGUCUCCAGCUACAUCAUCUUACCAAAGUAUAAUUCAAAGGAUCCAGGAAUACUGUGAUCUACAGCAUUCUCAAGAAGAAAAGACUGUAUAAUCAAUGAAUGGAAUAAAAAUUUAGUUCACAUCAGUUAUAGAAAUGUAACUUAUGCUUUGAAUUAAUAAAGAAACAG